ACAUCGUUUCUUAUCAAGUAUAUAUGUGUUAUCCACAUGUGUGUGAAAAUACAUUACAUAUAUAUAUUUAUAAAUUAAAUAAAAAAAAAUCAUGUUAUUUAAAAAGUGAUUUUAUCAAUAGUCGAAAAAGAGAUUUGUCAUUUUAGUUUGCGAAAUGGACGUGUGUAUAGAUUGAGUGAUGUUCAUAUAAAGAUUUGUGUAUACAUAGAUUUUUACAAUAUUAGUAACAUUCAUUUUAUUUUUAAUUGAUUCUCUGCACAUGAAACUAUAAUUCAAUCAAGCAAAUGGAGAAGAAACCAAAAGUUAUUGUCUUUGAUUUAGGUAAACAUAAUUUAGAGUAUUAUACUUUGUGGCCAUUUUGGGUUGACACUCAUGUAACUCCUCCAUUUAGAAGAGGCAUUCAAAAGAGCUCUCAAGUUGAUUACAAAGAUAUGAUCUUUUUUGAUGACGAGUCCAGAAAUAUUGUGGAUGUUGGGAAACUUGGAGUACAUGCUGUAUUAGUCAGAGAUGGUGUAACUCAUGAUGUUAUAAAAGGUGCUUUACAAUCAUUUAGUAAAUAAUGAUUUUUUUUUUUCUGCUAUUAGUUUAUUCAUAUUAAUAAUUAUAUAUAUUUAAUCUGUCCGGUUUAGCCAAAUUGGCUACACUAGUUCAGAGUUUUAUCUUUUCACACAACAUUGGAAGGAAAAGAUAAAUUUUGAAGUAGUGCAGCCAGCAGUUCAGCAAAACAAACAGGCCUAUAUUAUUAAUGUGAAAAUUUAAUUUAUAAUUAUAUAUUUACAU